AUGUCCUUCUGGGCUACUCUGUCUGUACACGAACGUCAACAGUGUUUCAGCAAAAACCCUCAGCCUGAUAAGGUGCUUAAGGCGAAAUUGGCAAGAAAGAUCGAAGUCUGGGAAGUCUCUGGGCUAUUGAAACAGGAGUGGAACACCAAACUCUCCGCCACAAUUGCUCAGGUUCUCAGUGAGAAGUAUAUCAGCAAUGAGUUCUUCACCAAGGGUCACAAGCGGAGGUCGACGGGGCUUCCCAUAUGGGAAAUUUAUGUGGUGUUGAAGAAAGGCCGCCGAGAAAGCGCACAGCCGACAAUCUUUGCCUUACACAGAGAUAUCAGCGUGGCGAAAAGGGCUUAUAGGCUGAUCCAGGAUCUGAAGCAAACCUCACUCAAAGCCCUGCUGCAAGACUUUGAUAUUGCGUACGCUGAGUAUCCUCUUAAUCUGCGCGCAGAUGCGGAGGGAUCAUCGACGCCCAGCACUAAACAACUGCGAAAUUUGUGUGGGACCCACGUGGUUAUAUCCAGACAAACUGGGGAACCAGCCGCACAGGCAUGGACUCGGUCUACCAUCGGGGGUGUGCUUCGCGUGAACGGGACUUAUUUUGGACUCACGACGGCUCAUUCUUUUUUGGAGGACGAAGAGGACUUGACGGAGCAAAACAGACAUGAUGGCUCUCCAUCGCCACUCAUCCGGAAGCCGACCUGGAAAGUGUACGCACAGAAUUGUGCCCAUGACUCGACCACCGCCGACGAUACGAAUUGCAUCUCGGCCCAGCCCGUGGACUCGGCAAACCUAAUCAAUACUACGGACGCUAACGAGCUGACAAACGGUAUAUUGAAUCCAGAAGUCCUGCUCAGCAGGAGCUGUGACUGGGCCCUAGUCCCCGUGCAGAACUCUCAAUUCACAACUACGAACAGCCUCAGUGUCGGAUCUGGCGAAGAGAUUCAAAUCAAUUUGCUCGCGGACGAUAUUCCGUCUGGCCAAGUAAUGGUAGCAAGCAGCGUGGCGCAAAGGGUGUGGGCCGACUUUCCCGAGAUCGCGUCUGUAGUUGCUCUCCCUGACUCCCCGUCUGUGCACAUAGCAUGGCGAGUCUCUCAACAGACCAGCCACGGCGAUUCUGGAUCAUGGGUGAUCGACAGGGCUGGAAGAGCUUUCGGUAUGAUUGUGGCUGGCUCCGACGAGCAUGCUGAAAGUUACUGCUUGCCGCUGAAAUCGAUAUUCACCGAUAUCCAGAGUCAUCUUGGUGUCUCGGAGAUGCCGUCCAUUUCUGAGGGGCUCCAAAUUAACGUCCAGGCUAGUGGCGAGAGAAAACAGCAAGGGGAUGUUGAGGCGAACGGGUCCGACGAUGUUGACCGAACAGAAGACCGGUCCAUGCAUGCCCAUGUCGGUGAUGACGAGUUAAUGACUGAACUUUUCGAGCCCACCCGUACCACCAGCAAACCUACAGCCGACGAACCCAGGACGACAUCAGUGUCCGCGUCGUUGUCGCCCGAGUCAGUCUUGGCAGAAGAGGAUCGAGAGGAGGAAGGGGCAUUGGCACCGGCCCAAACCCCUGCGGGACAAGAGAGAGAAGUUAUCACCAAGCCAGCUGUUGCCGGAUCCGUACCUGAGGCACACUUGGAGCAAUCCACAACAAAGCCGAAGCCAGAGACUCAAACUCUGGCAGACCCUGAGCGUUCAGCCGUUGAGAUUGGGGAUGUACAUGUCGACUUUCGGCGAGGUGCCCCGGACCGUCCAGGGCUGGUCUCCGGCUCCGAGGUCAAUGCAGUGGAGAAUUUAGAAGCGGAGAAAACCGAACCUGGAGAGUUCGUCCCUUUCAAAUAUCCUGACGAGCUCGUGGAGGAAGACGACGACGGCGAACGCGAUGUGAAAUCCUCCUACAGACAUACUCGCCACAGCAGCGCGCACAAACGCGUCAGCAGAAAGGACAUUCUUACGGACUCACUUGACCACUAUAACAUCCCGUGGGAAUGGGAUCCUGAGGACGACUACUACGUCUUUGUCAAGGAGUAUCUCACGAAAGGCAGGUGGCAUGAGCUUCGACAGCAUACCGCGAAGAUUUUUGAGCAACGGCUUGAAAAACAAAAACAAAAACAAAAAUCGAGUCUCAAAGCCAACAGCACACAAUCUAUCAACCACACCCCGAGCUAUGUACAAUGGGCCCCGGAGAGCCACCAAAGAACCAACCAAAUGGUCGUCAGAGGAGCUCCCCCGAGAAGAGUGGACAGAACCACGAACCCGUCUCAACUGACGCAAGGCGAUAACUCGCGACAGCCCAGAAUCGCCCCCGAGAUUGCUUCAGCCUGCCGCCAACUGGAUCUGGAAUUUGAAGGUCUGGUGCAGGAUUUGGUCUGGGAUGCUGACUGCUCGACCGAGUUCGGUCAAAGGGUGCUGGCCGCGCACAUAUCGAAAGAGCGUAGUAUUCUUGAAUUUGCCGAGCGUCCAAUAUCGCAGGGCACAUCAAAUAGCCCACGAGUGGGGAGAGAGGAGCCAGAUGUGGUUCCGGUCCCGCUGGAACCCAGUCCCGACGCCCCUGAGAAGCAGCGUGAACAGACAAGGUUCGUUAGCAGAGAACGAGAAGGCAUGGCAAUGGCAAGCGUCUGA